ACAGAACCUCUCCUCCGAGUGGUCGGCCCCCAGUGACCCCAGGGACAUCCUGGUCGCAGCCCUGCCCCCACAGGGGCCAACUCCCACAAUUCUGCCAAGCCGGGGCCCUCUGUGGCCCCAGGAGAGAAUGUGACCCUGCGGUGUCAGAGCCCCAGCUUGUUUGAUGCGUUCCUUCUGUCCAAGGAGGGGGAAGCCGGCCCCCGCCCUGCACCUCAGAUCUCAGCACCAAGAUGAGGAAUUUCAGGCGAACUUUGACUUGCGCCCUGCGACGCUGGACCACGGGGGGACUUACAGGUGCUACGGGUCACUCAGCAGCACCCCUUUCCUGCUGUCACACCCCAGCGACCCCCGGAAGCUCAUGGUCACAGGUGGUCAGGACAAGCCCUCCCUAUCUGCCUGGCCAAGCCCCGUGGUUCCUCAAGGACAGCAUGUGACUCUUCAGUGUCACUCCCAUCACAAGUUUGACACAUUCAGACUGUACAAGAACAACAGCAUCUUCAUCUCCAAGCUCCACAGCACAAUAUUGCAGAACAGCUUCCUCAUUGGCCCUGUAACCCCAGCACAUGCGGGGACUUACAGAUGUUGUGGAUCCUAUCUUGGCUCCUCUUCUGUGUGGUCAGAACCCAGUGACCCCCUGGUGAUUGUGGUCACAGGAAUCUACAGAAAACCUUCUCUGUUAGCCCAGCCGGGUCCCCUGGUGAAAUCAGGAAGGAACGUGACCUUGCAUUGUUGCUCUGAGAUCGUGUUUGAAAGCUUCAUUCUUCAGAGAGAGGGGGUAUCCAAGGACACUUUGUAUCUUGCUGGUCAGCGCCAUCUUGGGGGCUCCUAUGCUAACUUCUCCAUGGGUCCUGUGACAGCUGCCCAUGCGGGGACCUACAGGUGCUUCGGUUCUCUCAAUCACUCCUCCCAUGAGUGGUCUGCCCCCAGUGGGCCCCUGGACAUCAUGAUCACAGGUCUACACCAGAAACCUUCUCUCUGGGCCCAGCCGGGCACUGUGAUGAGGUCAGGAGAGAACGUGACCUUGUCCUGCUGCUCAGAGAGUUCCUUUGAUGUGUACCAUCUAUCCAGGGAUGGGCAGCCCCAUGAGCUCUGGCUUGCUAAGGGGCAGAGGCACGGUGGUGCAUCCUGGGCUGACUUCACUCUGGGCCCUGCACACCCAGCCCUGGGUGGGACCUACAGAUGCUACGGUUCUUUCAACCCCUCUCCCUGUGAGUGGUCAGGCCCGAGUGACCCACUGUACCUUUCUGUCACAGGCAACCCCGGACACCUGCAUGUUCUGGCUGGACCCUUAGUGGCCAUCAUCUUCCUCGCUGUCCUUCUUUUCUUCCUCACUCGUCAGUGGUGCCCUGCCAAAGAGAAUGCUGCUAUAAUGAACAGAGAGCCUGAGGUGGACAGAAUGGUGAGCAGGGAGGACCCUCAAGCAGAAGACCCACAGGAGGUGAUAUACACACAGUUGGAUCAUUGCAUUUUUAUGCAGGAAAAAACCACUCCCACUUCCUGGAGGCCCAAGGAACCCUUGCAUGAUGACGGUGUGUACAUGGAACUCGCAACAUGCUAAGACCAAUCAAGGCAUGAAUUCUAUGCCCCAAGCACACACAGGAAGACCCUGAGGAGGCUCUCCACAGAUGCCAUAGCUCUUUCUGAAACCCCUCCUAACAACAGCUAGAAUCUGAAGACAGAAGUCUUCAUCUUCCUCUCACCCUAAGAUGAGAUAAAUAUCUCAGGACCCCCUAGAAAGCCCCCAAUCCAUUCUAGGAGGCUAUUAUGAUGAUACAGACAUUUCCAAUAUUGUCCACAAAAUCACCUUUUCUUUUCAAGGGUAAGUUCUGACUUGUGUUGCUAUGU